UGGUGUAUGAGAUCUUUUGACUAGUCAAUCUGUCAGAAAGGAGAGUGGAAAAAGAUUCAAUAUCUGCUCCUGCAACAUAAAGCCGCUGCGUGCACGUGGGCGCGCGUGUGUGUGGUCUUCUGAGGACCAGCUCGAGUUUUUCAGCCUUAAGAGUUUCCCACCUAUGAUAUCAGACUGACCCCGUCGAUGCAACUGAUUGCAGGGAAAUCAUCACUGACCUUUAAAACUGAAGAAGCUUUGAACUGAAGAAGAAAACCUGGAGCUCAAGAACAGAUAGAAGAAGAGGAGGAAGAGGAGGAGGGAGAAAGAGCAGCAGAAGAAGAAGAGACGCUAAGACAGUAGAUCAUGAUUCACUCAAAUCACUCCAGCCACUCAGUCUUCUGCUGCUGUUGUGCUGUACAGACCAGGGAGAUCAGCACCCGCAUGGAGCUGGAGGGAAGCACAUCCCUGUGUUUCCAGAGCCGACGAUAUCCAGGACAAGCCUGCCGGGUCGACAGGUCGAGGAGGAGGCUGCCUCUCCCCCCUCCUGAAGACGUGGAUGGUGUAGGUCCAGGUUUGCUAAGUGUCGUCGCCAUGUAUGACUUCACCGCCAAGGAGGACACUGACCUCACACUCAAACAGGGGGAGGAGUACAUCAUCCUCCACAAACAAGACCAGCUGUGGUGGAGAGCGCAGGACAAACAUGGGAAUAAAGGAUUCAUCCCCAGUAACUACGUCACAGAGAAAAACAGAAUCGAAGCUAACUCGUGGUACUGCAAGAACAUCACCAGGACAGAAGCUGAGCAGCUGCUGAGACAGGAGGGAAAAGAAGGUGGUUUUGUGGUGCGGGAGUCCAGUCAGAAGGGAGUCUACACCGUCUCUGUCUACACAAAAACAUUAAGUGAUAAUGGAGAUAUAAGGCAUUACCAGAUCAAAAUAACAGACACUGGACAGUUCUUCUUGGCUGAAAAACACACCUUCAACUCCAUACCCGAUGUCAUACACUACCACGAACACAAUGCAGCAGGUCUAUUGACCAGGUUGCGGUAUGCAGUGGGGCCAAUGGGAAGGUGUGUACCCGCCACAUCAGGAUUCAGCUCAGAGAAGUGGGAGAUCGAUCCCAACGAGUUGACCUUCAUGAAGGAGCUGGGCAGUGGUCAGUUUGGUCUGGUGAGGCUCGGCAAGUGGAGGGCUCAGCAGAAAGUGGCCAUCAAGGCCAUCCGAGAGGGAGCCAUGUACGAGGAGGACUUCAUCGAGGAGGCCAAGGUCAUGAUGAGGCUGUGCCAUCCUAAACUGGUGCAGCUGUAUGGUGUUUGCUUGCAGCAGCGCCCCCUGCUGAUCGUGGCCGAGUUCAUGGAGAACGGCUGCCUGCUGAACUUCCUACGGCAGAGGGGCGGCACUCUGAAGGAUGCAUGGCUUCUGUCCAUGUGCCAGGAUGUCUGUGAGGGGAUGGAGUACCUGGAGGCACACAGUUUUAUCCACAGAGACCUGGCAGCCAGGAACUGUCUGGUCAAUGAGCACAACGUGGUAAAGGUCAGCGACUUUGGAAUGACCAGGUACGUUCUAGACAACCAGUACACCAGUUCUAGUGGUGCGAAAUUCCCAGUGAAGUGGUCUCCUCCUGAAGUUCUCCACUACAGUAAAUACAGCAGCAAGUCUGACGUCUGGUCCUUCGGUGUGGUGAUGUGGGAGAUCUACUCAGAGGGUCGGAUUCCAUUUGAAAACAGCAGCAACCUCGAUGUGGUUAAUGACAUCACCAGAGGAGUCCGGCUGUACCGGCCGUACCGAGCCUCGCAGCCGCUCUACGCCAUCAUGUACCGCUGCUGGCAUGAGAGGCCUCAGGGUCGGCCGUCUUUCUCAGAGCUGCUGGAGGAAAUCAGAAAACUGGCAGAAAAUACGGAUUAACACACACACAUGGAUAAUAUAUUGCUGAUUGCUGUUUUUACUGUAAUCAUGAAUGUACAGACUGUAUUUUUUAUUGUAAAUAACUAUUUUUUCAUUAAAGCAAUUUCAGAUAACUUUUUCACUUGUAACAUUGUGUCUGCGAAAUUAAUGUUAAACUUUUAAAACUCUUAUUCAAAGAGAAUAAUGUAUG